GUUUCAGAGAUUUAGCCCAUUAUCGUCAUGGCGGGGAGCAUGGCGGCAUGCAGGCAAGACAUGGUACUGGCUACAUCUUGGUCAGAAGGUAACAGGAAAUGGACUGUGACACUGGAAGAAGUUUUAGCAUAGGAGAACUCAAAGCACACCCCACGGUGACACACUUCCUCUAACAAGGUCAUACUGCCUAAUACUGCCACUCCCUUUGGGGCCCAUUUUCUUUCAAACCACUACAGAUGCCUAACCCCAUCUUCCCCAAGCUCCUGAUGACUAACAUUCCGUUUUCUGUCUCCAUGAGUUUGACUGAUUUAGGGAUCCUUUGUAAGUGGACUCAUGAGUUAAGCUUGGUGGUUCAAGUCUGUAAUCCCAACACUUUGGAAGCUGAGACAGGAAAGUCUCUGUGAGUUCAAGACCAGCCUGGGCUACAUAGUAAGUUCCCUGCUAGCCUGUGCUAUAGUGUGAGACCCCUCCUCAAGAAAAAUAAUUGGUCUGGGCAGUAGUGGUGAAAGCCUUUAAUCCCAGCACCCAGGAGGCAGAGGCAGGCAGAGGCCAUCCUGGUUACAGAGUGAGUGCCAGGACAGCCAAGGCUACGUAGAGAACCCUGUCUUGAAAACCAAACAUGCAAACAAACAAACAAACAAAAUAAUUGAAAUCACAUGGAAGUUAUCCCUUUGAGUCUUUAGGAGAAGUCUAAAGCAUAAAUAUUUAAAUCUAAUCCUAGGCCAAUCAAAUGAGCAUUUUGGAGGGUGAAUCCCAAACACUGGUCGUAUUAUUAAAAGCUCCCAGCAAUUCUAAUGAACGUCCAUGGAAACCAGUGGGCUGAAGGGUUUGAGUCAGAUUUACUUCAGGGACUCUCUUGUAAUUGGACAUUUCUCUCCUGCCCUCUUGUUCCCAAAUACCUGGCAGCCACUUCCCAAAUAACUGACUGGGAGGCUUAAUAUUACUUAUAAAUGUUUGGCUGAUAGCUCAGGCUUCUUAUAGCUAAAUCUUACACUUAUAUCAACCCAUAUUUCUAUUUAUGCUUUGCCACAUAGCUCAUGGCUUGUUACUUCAUUUUCUACAUGUCCUGCUGGCCUGGUGGCUGUGGCAGCUGGCUUGCGUCUCCGCUGAUUUGGCCCUCCUUCUUCCCAUCAUUCUCAGUUUGGCUUUCCCGCCUAACUUCCUGCCCAGCUACCGGCCUGUCAGCUUUUUAUUAAUCAGUGAGAGUAAUCCAUAUUCAUAGUGUAGAAAAGGAUUGCUCCACAGCAGUCCCUCACGAUCACAAUCACGCCCCAGCACCUGAUAACAGGUGCCCUACCGUCUCUCAUCUGAGGGUGAUCCUGCCACAUGUUGGAUUGCUUAUUAUAGCAACAGUUGCGAUUUGACCACACUGUCUCUCCCAGGCUUGUGAUUUGAACACUUACUCCCUGCUUGCUGUCUUAGUAGACUGUGGAAACCUUAAGAGGUCUACUUGGCUGGCAAAAGUAGGGGGCGGGUUCUGCCAUGUCUCCUGCGGUCUACCUGCUCCCUGGUUCACUGAAAUGGGAAUGGUCUCUGCCACAGACUCCUGCUACUGAGAUCUGAGCUGCUCAGCCAGGCUCCCCCACCACAGUGGGAUCAGCCCUCUGAAGCCCAGAAGCAAAAUAAAUCUCGCCUCCCUUAAGGCGCUUCUUUCAGAAAUUAUGAAAGAGAGAUUCGAAAGUAAAUAAUAUGAACAACUCCGUGGUAAUAAAACUCCGUUCUGUCUCCCUCGCCAUGGGAUUCAAUAAUAAAGCGACAUGGAAUGGGUCUUAAACAAAAGGUGUCUCUUCUUAUAAAGUCAUUCAUGGAUUUAACUGUGUGUGUGUGUGUGUGCGUGCCUGUUUGGGAGUGUCCUAGAAGGCCAGAAGAGGGUAUCAGAUCCCAUGGAGCUGAAGUCACAGGCAGUUGUGAAUUGCCUCAGGUGGGUGCUAGAGACCAAACUCAGGUCCUCUGUGAGAGAAGAAAAAGCUCCUGACCACUGAGGCCAUUUCUCCAUUUCCCUUGUUGGAGGAUUUAAAUGAGAAAAAGAGUUCUCCUAAGCCUAGCACCAGCUGUCAGCAGCAGAGACAGCCCACCGGCCCUCUGUUAAAGCCCCUUCAUUCUUUCCCUGCCUCUCUCUGUGGAGCUGGAGCCUGGGCAUUAAUGGGAGGAAAGGCAAACCCAGUCUGCAGUGCUGGCCAGCCCCAUGACACAGAAGCUGCAAUCCCAGCUCCAGCAAACUUCAGUCAGGAGCACUGCAAGAUGACUGAAAACCACCUUGCUUAGAGCCCCGCCCUGGGAGGGGCUCAGACAUCUGCGAUGAGGAUAUUCUUGCAUGUGGGUGGCAGGGCCAGGAAGCUGGAGGCUCUGAUAAUCUCUUGUGUGGCUUUUGAGGACAGCCAGUACUUCAUCUGCUGGCUCUGGUCUUGUCCGACUCCACACACACAAAAGCCAUGGGAACCCUGGAGGGACACCUGCUGCCAGGAGUGGGCCUCCUCCUCUUCUCAUUCUACUACUCGGCCCUGACAUCCUUGGCCCUGCUACGGGGACAGAAGGUCCUCAAGCACCCCCUGCUCCCAGGGAAGCUGCGGGGACACAGGCUGUCUCGGCAGGUAUCGUAUGAAGCCGUGGUGAAGGUGCUCGUCCCCACCUGUGGCAUUAUCGGUGAAUAUUUCUACCCCCUCGGGGUGAAUCGCGUGCAGAUGAUAGACUGGAAGGACCCUCGGCGGCCAUUUGUCUUCAAGGACAACUGGCAGCAUGUGACCAUGUUUGGGUUCUUUAUUCUCAGUGGCGUGGUGGACAUGGUGAGCCAGGCACACCUGGGCCGCUGGGGUGUGAAGCUGGAGCGUGCAGCCGAGGCGUUGGCUUUCUAUGUGCUGAUCAUGCUGAUGGUAACCCACAUUGAGAACAAAAGCUCCUUGGAGAUCCGAGUACACCUUCUGCUAAUGAUACCCUCCUUCUUCCUUGCCCUGGUGCUCACUGUGGAGGUCUGGGUCCCCAACCAUCCUCCAAUCUGGAUCCUCAAGUGUUGGCUGGGGCUGGUGUUAAGCAGCUGGAUGUUGCAGAUCUGUGAGAUGUAUAUACCUCUUACUGGACAGCCCUGGAGGGCAGACGACCCCAUGGAUCACGCAUUCCUAACCAUCUUCUUCUGCUGGCACCUGGUCUUGGCGGCUGCCCUGUUCCUGGCCACCUAUGGCCUCUGCAGUCUCUGGCACAGUCACUAUUCUUCCUGGACAAAGACUCCUGGUGCUAGGUACCAGCGGUGCCCGAUGGAAUCCAGUGGUGAGGAGCUAGAGAAACUCAAGGCAGAGGCCCUGCCACAGGAUGAAGUCGUGUAGGAACAGAAGCUGUCGGGAGUGCUGUAUGCACAACCUGGGAUGCACAGCAUAGCUUCCCACCCCAGGACUAGCUUCUUCUCCCUAAAUAAAACUUCUAGC